AUGGAAAGUGACCGCCGGGACUCCAAACUUCAAAAGCUGGAUGCUUUGAGGAGGAGGGUACCUGCAGUGUCUGCAUCAGCUUUGGCGGGUUUACUUCAGGACAUCGAGAAAAAUGGCUUGCCGUCUUUGAAGCAGCGGAAACAUGUCAAGGAAGCUACUGAACACACAGUCUUAGAGCACAAGGCCUAUGGUCCGAUGAUUGAUUCCAUCAAGGUGGCUACUGAUGAAGGGGAGGUCGAGGUGAUCAUGGCCAACUUCUUCUCUUUGUUGCAGGCGCUUUUUGAGACAUCCUCCGAAUUCCAGGAUCUCCUGCGCAGCAGCCUUGUGGCUUCUGGUGGUCAGCCAUUAAACCUCGUUUUUUACUCAGACGAGGUGACUCCUGGAAAUGUUCUUUCAGCUGAUACCUCCAGGAAAUUGUGGGCAAUAUAUCUUUCCUUCAUGGAAUUUGGCUCACAAGCCUUGUCCAAGGAGGAGGCUUGGAUACCGGUUCUUUGCCAGCGAUCGAAGCUUGUGAAUGAUCUUCCGGGGGGCGCUUUUCUUCAAGACGGACUUGCUCACAAGUCCCUGUUCUCAAUCAAGGGCGACAACGGCACUCGGUGCUGCCUCCUUUGCAAAAACGUCAUCUCUACCAACAGCAUCGAGCUUGAAGAAGCCAGGCUGGUUUCUGAUAUCUACAAGGAAGCAGACUUGGAACUGUCAACAGAUGAUGACUUUGCAGCUACUGUGCUCAAGACGGUGCAAAAGAAGGACACUUUGUCCAGUAAGCAUUUCCAGCUCUGGCAACAAGCAGCUGGCUUGAACUUCAAUGAUGCAGCCAUGAUAUUCGAUCCGGACCUCUGCAGGGUUGUCAAGCCCACAAGCCAAUGGCUUCACGACUGCAUGCACACAUUCCUGGUGAAAGGGAUUUUCAACACAAUCAUGCACCUGAUGAUGCAAGCAGCCGAGGAAGAGUUGGGCCGAGACUUUUACAAGAUCGUCCAUGACUAUGUGAAGGAGUGGCAACUUCCCAAGAGCAGGUCAGAAAACCUGUCAGGUUUGUUUGUGCACAAGAGGAAGAAAACCAACGACGAAGCUGGGAGCUUCAAGUGCAGAAUCACGAGCCCAGGCAGGCUUGCUGCAGCCAUAGAGGCUUUCCUCGAAGGCAGCAUUGCAGCAGGAUGGCAUGAUGCCUGGCACCCAAAAUUUCACUGGGUGGUACACUUGCCUGCCCAGUUGCGGAAAUGGGGCAUUUUGCCUGCAUGCUGGGUCCAGGAACGGAAGCACAAGUUGGCAAAAAGGUUUGGCACCCUGCAAUCAAACACAACUAACUAUGAGAGGUCGAUUCUUUUGCAAAUUCUGGGCCAGACACUAUCUGAUAUUCAGCAGGAAAAGCUCUUUGACACAUCUUGCAAGCUGGCACAACCCGGAAAAGCACCAGCCAAAAUGGUGGCUUUUCUGCAGGAGUACAUGCCCGGCUUCCAGAGCAUCCACACGAAUGCAGUUGCGGCAUUGCAGCCAGCAGGUUUUGCACACAAGGGGGAUCUGGUAUUGAUGAAAGCUUCCCGCCAAGUUUCACAAGUGUAUUUUCAUGCCGAUCUUGAUGGGGUUGUGUAUUCUUUGGUUUCCCAUUUCAAUCUGGUGACGAAUGAUUUGGCCCAUGGCUCGUUGAUAGUCCAAAGGACUGAUGCCCCGAUGCUGGUCGAAACCAGCAUGAUAGCUUGCCCUUUGCAGUACACCUCUCUUGGAGGGGACAAAAUUCGAGUUCUGAUUCCUCUGGCCCACAGAAAGGCUUGA